CACCAUCCCCACUGUUACCACCAUGAAGCUGCUUGCUCUGACUCUGCUGCUCCUCGCCGUCUGUAACCUUGAAGGGGCUCUUGUUAGGAGACAGGCGGAGGAGCCAGAUCUGCAGAGCCUAAUCUCUCAGUACUUCGAGAUGGUGGCCACCUAUGGCAAGAACCUGGUGGAGAAGGUCAAGGACCCAGAGUUGCAGGCCCAGGCCAAGGCUUAUUUUGAGAACACACAGGAGCAGCUAAUGCCCCUGGUCCAGAAGGUCGGAGUUGACCUGAUCAACUUCUUGAGCAAUUUCAUGGACUUCAAAAAACAGCCUGCCACCCAGUGAGGCAUCCAGACCAUCGUCAUCUAUCCCAGCUGGCCACUAGAACACCCACCGGUCCAGUCUAGAGUGCUCUCCCCUACACGCUCCUUGUUUUCUACAAUAAAUAUUG